AUACCAAAUCCUCUCUCUCAAGAAACCCAUUCCUUUCUUCCAUGUAAAUCCACAACCCACUUGCUGUUAACUCCACUCUCAGUUCCCCAUUCUCUCUCACUCUCGCUAUAUCUUUUUCUCUCUAUCUAGAAUCAUUAAUUCUUUCAGACAUUCAGACCAACCCUUUAGAAUCAUUCACCCUUUCAGUCUCUCUAGAAUCGUUCUCAUUUUUUGUUUAUCCGUCUCCAGAAUUCUCCUCAGUUUCAGUCCAUCUCUCUAGAAUCAUUCCUAUUUUCACUACCCCACUUUAUCAUUAGUUCAUUAGCAUCACUUCAAUCCCUCUUUCUCUCUCUAGAAUCAGCUCAAAAUCAGAACUCUCUCUCUAGCCCAUGGAUCACUCUGAUAAUUGCCCUGGAAACAACAACAAUAGUGGAAGUGGAAGUGGAAGUGGGACUAAGAGUGGAUAUAUGUGCAGGCAAUCGAAUAGUAGGUGGAUUCCGACCGCUGAACAAAUAAGGAUUUUGAGGGAAUUAUAUUACAGUAAUGGAGUUAGGUCUCCGACGGCUGAGCAAAUACAGAGGAUAUCAGCUAGGCUGAGGCAAUAUGGAAAGAUUGAGGGGAAGAAUGUGUUUUAUUGGUUUCAAAAUCACAAGGCUAGAGAGAGACAGAAGAAGAGAUUGACUGUCGAUUUGGCAGUGCAAAGAGCUGCUGCCACUUCUGGUGGUCUUCCUCCUGGGGUGCUUAAUGUAAGCCACAUAGCCGGCUCGACCUGUGGUUCAGUUCUUAUGGAAUCGAGCCUCAUGGACUGUUGCAGCACCAGUGCCUUAGAGAACCACAAUGGUAGAAAAGAGAGAGCAAAUGGGGAUAUGAUUGUAGAGAGAGAAAGAAGUGCCCCUGGCAAAGAGACCCUCCAGCUCUUCCCAAUGCACCACUCCCCCCAAAACGAUGACACCAUUGCAGACGAUUACUUUUUCAACGAUGAGGAAGAGAAGCCCGUUUGCAUGGCCUCUCUCGAACUCACCCUUAACUCUUUUGACCGAGUCUAUCAUCCUGACUCGGACUUCCGUUCCCACUCGUCUUAGCCACCACUCUCGUUAUUGAGCGUGUGACUCGGAACAGCCCAGAUUUUGUCUCUACUCUGACCUGGUUUUAGGUGUUUGGGGCUGGCCAUGUAAAUUUGUAGGCUAGAAGCACGGAUUUUGUUUCGUAUGUGGGUGUUGGAAGUAUGAAAGCAAAAAGAUGGAUUAAGACUCGAAUUGUGCCA